AUGAAUGAAGCCUGGAAAAUCGAACAAUGCACAGUCGCUGAUGCCAGCGCUCUGGCACGAAACAACAUUUCCGCCUUCUGGGAAGACCCCAACUGGAUACUCUCAUGGUCCAAGGACAUGCCUCUGGAAUAUCUGAUCGAACAGUCGGAAAAACGACAGGCAAACAACCUGUUACGCUCCCGCGAAGACCGACGACACAUCAAGGCCAUUGAUCCUGCGACGGGCAAGCUGGUAGGAUAUGCCCGUUGGGUUCUACCAUCCAGCCACGUUACCGCUCCAGACGGCAGCCCCGAAUGGGUCCAGGCGCAGGUCCCAGAUGUGGAAGAGGUAGAGAAAAAGCGUCUGCAAGAAUUAGCUGCUUCUGCAUGGUGGGAGCCAAGGGCGGAUGUGGGCGAGAUUGAUGUCCCGGUUACGGCCAUCAAAAACCGCCAUUUGGCUUCCAGGCCGUAUAUAUGUAUGAUUCUCGCAUUUAGACCCUUCUCCCCUUCGCCAGACUCUAACAUGGACCUUUUCUUUUAUCUUUUAGCACUGGACUAUCUUGCUGUUCAUCCUGACAACAAGGGCAAGGGCAUUGCCACGGCACUGGUUGAGAGCGGUGUCAAGUACGCGAAAAGUGUCGGGAUUCCGAUAUUCGUUCUCGCAUUCAAGGCCGGUGUCGGUGUCUAUUCGCGACUGGGGUUUAGAGAAGUAGAGCGGCUCAUCCAGGAUGACUCCAAGUAUGGAGGACCGGGGGAGUAUGGUUCUUAUUUUAUGGUUUACGAUGUUGCCCCUAAAGUCUGA